GUCACCCCGAGAUUCCAGCAACUUUUACAUCUGGAAUCAAAGUAGAGAAGCAUUUAUUAAACAGAAAAUAACACACAAACGCACAAGCAUUCCAAGCUCGUCAUAACUCAAGGGUAGAGAUGAUGGGCAACAACAACAUUAACACUGUAUUAAGGAUGAUCUUUCUUGUGCUGUUUCUUGGAUGGCUCUUGAUCUGGAUCCUGUUGCCUACAAAAGUAUAUAAAAUGACAUGGACACCCAAGCUAGCUAGCGAACUUAACUCCACGUAUUUUGGAGAACAAGGGACAAAUCUUGUGCUUUUCUCAGUUCCUAUGAUGAUAAUAGCAGCUUUGAGUUGUGUUUAUCUCCACCUGGAGAGCAAAUCAGGAAGUCCUCCAUCGAAAAAUGUGGUUAAGAAAAGCAGGCGUUUGGGCUUAUCAAGCCGUCCAAUUCUAGUGAUGGCUCCUCUAGGGAUUGUUACCGCGCUGGAGCUUGUUUUUGCAGUUAUGUUUGUUGUGCUCUUGAUUUGGUCUCUUGCUAAUUACCUGCAUGUCAGCUUUGGAAACCUCCACAUGCAUAAACAAGGAGAGAAAGUGUGGCAAGCUAAGUUUAGAAGUGUGUCACUGAGACUUGGGUAUAUAGGAAAUAUAUGCUGGGCAUUUCUGUUCUUUCCAGUGACGAGAGGAUCUUCAAUCUUGCCUCUACUUGGGCUGACUUCAGAGUCUAGUAUCAAGUAUCAUAUCUGGCUUGGACAUCUUUCAAUGGUUCUCUUUUUUGCUCACACCAUAGGUUUCAUGAUUUACUGGGCCAUGACCAAUCAAAUGGUUGAGAUGCUGGAGUGGAGCAAAACAUGGGUAUCAAAUGUGGCUGGAGAGAUUGCAAUUGUGAUUGCAUUAGCUAUGUGGGUGACAAGCUUCCCAUGCAUAAGAAGAAAGAUGUUCGAGCUUUUCUUCUACACGCACCAUCUCUACACACUUUACAUUGUCUUCUAUGUACUCCAUGUUGGUGAUUUCUACUUCUGCAUGAUCCUUCCUGGGAUCUUUCUCUUCCUUAUCGAUCGAUUUUUGAGAUUCUUGCAAUCCCGUCAAAGGUCACGACUUAUUUCAGCUCGUCUGUUACCAUGUGGGAUCGUUGAGCUUAACUUUUUGAAGAAUCCAGGAUUGCUGUAUAAUCCCACCAGCAUGAUGUUUGUAAGUCUGCCUGCAGUUUCUAAACUGCAAUGGCACCCGUUUACAGUCACUUCUAAUUGUAACUCGGAGCCGGAAAAUCUCAGCAUUGUUAUCAAAUGCGAAGGAAUUUGGAGUCACAAGCUUUACAAACAGAUCUCUUCUUCGCUCGAUAGGCUUCAAGUGUCUACUGAAGGACCUUAUGGUCCUACUACAUCGAACUUUCUAAGACAUGAAAUGCUGAUAAUGGUAAGUGGAGGCAGUGGUAUAACUCCUUUCAUCUCUAUCAUCCGCGAGAUCAUUUUCCAGGGCCAAAAACCAGACAGCAAGAUCCCGCGAGUACUUCUCCUAUGCGUUUUCAAGCAUUAUGUCGACCUGGCGAUGCUAGACUUACUUCUUCCAACCACCGGUAUGCCUAACCAGCUCCCUAAAAUCCAAAUACAGAUUGAAGCCUAUGUCACCAGAGACAAAGAAGCGCAGAAUACCGAGGGAAACAAGUCACUCCAGCUCCAAACGUUCUGGUUCAAGCCACACCCAAUGGACACGCCUGUUUCUUCAGUCCUUGGCACCAACAACUGGCUAUGGCUCGGUGCCGUAAUCUUAUCAUCAUUUAUCAUGUUUGUCCUCCUCCUGGCCAUUGUUACCCGUUUCUAUAUAUACCCAGUUGAUCAUAACACUGGCGAAGUUUACCAUUUCUCUUAUAGAGCUCUCUGGGACAUGUUUCUAGUUUGUGUUUGCGUUUUCGUGGUUUCUAGUGCAGCUUUUCUCUUCUCCAAAAGACGGAAUGCUGUUGAGAACAUCCAAGUACAGAGCUUGGAUGUUUCGUCUCCGGCAGCAUCACCUGGUUCGUGGUUUUGCGGUGUUGAUGGAGAGCUUGAAAGUCUUCCAUGCCAGGCCCUUGUUCAAGCUACCAACAUCCAUUUCGGAUCAAGGCCUAAUCUCAAGAAAAUACUGUUUGAAUAUGAAGGAUCAGACGUGGGAGUCUUGGUCUGCGGCCCAAGAACAAUGAGACACGAGGUGGCAAAAAUUUGCUCAUCUGGGUUGGCUCAGAAUCUACACUUCGAGUCUAUUAGCUUCGACUGGUGAUACGAAAAAUGCUUGUUUAUUUUAUGUGUGUGUGUGUAUAUAUAUAUAUAAAUAAAUAUGCAAUGUAUAUAUAUAUAUAUAUCACUUUUGUUGUGUGUACUGUAGGUAACUGCUGAUGGAUCUCCAAAGAAAACUUCCUCUGUAUAUAUUUCCUGUACGAAAUAAACUGAAAUUAUUGGGAUGUCAAUUUGUUCUAUAUAACUCUAGUUUUAA